UGUACUACGGAGAGUGUUGCGUAGGAUUUCAUAAGUGAAAGUUGACGCGUAGAAUGACAGCGAGGAGAAAUCUCGCAAUUCCGGAAUUCGUAAGACUUCAACAGUGUUGUAGUUUUUGACUCUUAUCCAAUAGCUUGUUUUGGAUAGAUGUAUUUGAUGCGUUGAUAGAAAAGCACAGUUCUGUGAUAGGAAAGUGAAAAGAGCGAGGAAUCCAUUUCUCCGAAGCGGAACGGGUUGAACGUGCUUUUGUGAAGAGAGCGGGAAGCGGUACCAAGCUCCGCCUGCGAUCUCCGGAAAUACGACUGCAUCGAAAAGAAUCGAAAGUGAGAAAGGAGUCGAGAAUAGCGAAAGUGUCGUCUGUGUCCUAAUUGUGCUGAUUUUUCAUAGUGAAACUUUGCACAAUGUGAUCUGCUUUUUGUGAUUUUUACUAAUUACGUGAUUGAAAAUUCGUUCGUAAGCAUUUUUUUGCGCUAAACGUCUUCCGUACAUUCAUUGUAACCACAAAACACUCGAAAUAUAGUAAAAAGUUUCGAAAUUUCUUCAGUAUUUUCUUUUUUUAAAUUACUGAACGUGUUUAAAGUACAGGCGAAAAUCGCUGUACCGAAGUGCGAUACAUUAAAAGUGUGCUAGAAGUUUUGACACGUGACUUAGAAUUAAAUGACCUUGAGAGAAAACAUUACGGUUGUCACCCCUCUGUUUAUUUACCAUUUUAAUCAAGCUGGAGAACAUUCUGAAUGGUAGAUACUUGAGCCUCGAAGACAACAUUUUUGUGGAAAAUGUUAUUGCUGAUAUACAGCGUUUUGUGACGCUAGGAGAAGGAAAUAAAAAAGUGUGCUGAUCUUCCCCCCAGUGAACAACUACAGGCGGUUUCUUAUACAUAAAGUGUGUGAAGAAACACAGUCAAAGGAGUUGAGUACAUUUUCUGUUGGCCAAGGUGUCAAUCGGAGGACAGUUGUUUGUUUGAGGAGCCUUGUAAGGAAACCAAGUGUAUUUAGUAACUCUCAUGACCAACCUUUGCAAAACGUAAGGGACCAAACAUUGUGCACCAUGGUUGUGGAAAGGCAACCUGUUUUACCAGAUAGUUCAUCACCAGAACAUAAUAAUCAUAAUGGUAGUGUUAAAAGAGUACGAGCUGCACCUGCCAUUUAUCGGCCACCUGCUGCAAGGAAAUUGGAAGCUCUUAGUGCUCAAGUCAAACAGAACCACAGCAUUACUCCAACUCCACAAACCCCUCCAGUUACGACAGUUGUUUCCAAGACUGACAAAAUGAGGUCUGGAACAAAACAACGUCGUCCUGACCAGAAAGUGUAUGUUCCCCGAGCAAAACGUGUUUCUAUGAUGGAUCAAAAUUCAUCCGAACUUCGAAAUAGCCAAAAUGAAAUUGUAUCGAUCAAACAACAAAUUUGUGGUACUAAGAAAAAUGCACUUGCAUUGCCACUGAAUUGUGAAAAACCUUGCCAUGAUAUACUGCCUCUUGAGCAGGGUAAUGUCUGUAAUAGUGAGCCAACUUUAAAGAAAAUGGUUAUUGAGGAGCCUGUUACUAAGGAAGGUCACAACAAAAUAGUGUUAGGAAAUUGUGUUGUUGAAAAUAUACCAGCAAAAUGCUUUUUUGGUGAUGAAAUUUUUAAUACUUGUGAUAGUAAUAGUGCAAGUAUUUCAGUUGACAGUGAUACAGUAGAUGACUGUGGAGUGUCCUUUGCUAAUACCAAAAAUUGUGGGAAAACAAAAAGUGGAUUAAAAGACCAGACCAUGUCUCUGUCUCCUGACACAAAUGAAAAUAGUAGUGUUAAUAGUGAAAAUAUUGAUAAGUGGAAAGAAAAAAAUGAUAAAAAUGAAAUUAGUGAUUCUAGAACCAUUGUUAAUGAAGUGUUUAAAUGUGAAUCUAAGCAGACUGUUAAAAUGGAAGUCAAUGAUUAUGAAGAAUGCCAUGAACAAGAAGAAAAAAAUUCUUGUGAAAUAAAUCAUAGUGUGGAAAAUUCUUCACAUUCUCUUUCUGUCAAUGAAAAAAUAACACAACCAUCUAUUUCAGCAGAGAAUAUCAUUCCUGAAAAUAAAAAUCAAGUGAAUAAAAAAAAUAAAAAAAUUGACAGGAGGAACUUGAUAUCAGAUGUAUUAAUUAUUUCAGACCCAGAACCUCCAGUUCAACAUGUGCCAAAACAAGAAGAUAAUGUAAAUAAAAAUAAUACUGUUGGUAAGAAGAAUAAAGCAAAACCUAAAUCUGAAAAUAGUGUAGUGGCAGAGAAACUGACAAAUAAUUCAACCAGUACUGACAAUUUAGAUUCUUCCAGCACUUCUACUUCGUCUGUUUCACUGAAUCCUGAUGAAUGUACUUGGGAAAUGCUUUUUGAUGAAAAUGGUGAUUGUUUAGACCCAAAGAUAAUGGAAGAAUUAACAAAUGCUGUUGGUUCUGUUACAAUUGAGAAACCCCAAUCCGAUUAUAAUCGUUUUAUCUCAAGGCCCGAAAUUAAUUUGCCUGGUGGUGAUGGUGAAUUUGCCCAUGUUGUGGAGAUUUAUAAUUUUCCUUCUGAAUUUACGACACCAGAUUUGCUCUCCAUAUUUGCUCCUUACAAAAAUGGAGGUUUUGAAAUUAAAUGGGUUGAUGAUACUCAUGCUUUAGGAGUAUUUAGUAGCUCUCGUGUUGCUGCUGAUGUCUUAGCAUAUGAGCAUCCAUUUGUAAAAACACGCCCUCUAUCAGAAGCCACACUAGAAUCAAGGAUGAAAGCACGGCGCUCCGCUGAAUUCUUACAACCAUACAGAGCCCGCCCAGAAACUUGUGUAGCUAUGGCACGGCGUCUGGUAACAGGUGCCCUUGGAAUGAGAUUAGCCACUUCAAGGGAGGAACGCGAGAAAGAACGACGUUUACUCAAAGAAGCCAGAGAGAAGAAACGGUUAGCAGCUCAGCAACAGCAGGAUGCUUGGGAAGGAACUAUUCGAUGAGAGUGAGUGUUGGAUUUGUUUAAAUAUAUACUUACCACACCAGUUAAAGACCAUAAACGUUAUUUUUUAUAUUCAAAAUAUUAUAUAUUUUUAUGACAAAUUUGAUAGUAUAUGUAAUGGAUUUAUUAAUAGCUGGUAAAGUCGAAAAUGAGAAAUUAUUGUGCAAAGAAUAUUAAGUGUAAAUACCUAGUUUUGGGUUAAUUUUUGAAUUUAAAAAAAGUUAUUUACAAAAUUUUUGCAUAAGCAGUUUUACAUUUAUUGUUUAUAUCGUACAACUUGCAGCUCAUUUGAGAAUGAAUAUUAUUAUUUAGUUAUGAAACCUCACAAAUGUUAUUGUUCUUUUGAGUAUUACUGCACUUAGUGCAUUAGCUUGUAUUUAGGAAAAUUAUUUUUGUUUUAAAACAUAAGAUGCCAUGUUACUAGUCUGUUAUUUAUCUCUAUGGCCAUAAUGAUAAUUCUCCUUGUGAGAGGUAUUGAUAUUUUUCUAUUUUCUGAAUAUUAUAAUUUUAGACUGUAUUCCCUGGAAUCAAAAUUGACAUUAAGUAUAAGCAUAAUGUGCAUAAUAUAAGCAUAUGUGUUUUUGUUUAUUGUCUUGUUCUUGUCCAUUUCUUUCUUCGAUGAUUUUUGUUUUUACAUUGUCGAGAAUGUAAGGUCUUGUUAAAUGAAUGUAAACUUUUUUUACUAUUAUUGUUAAACCUCAGGAUGAUUCAAAUCUGAGUGUGUACUUUUAUAAGUGUACCUCCAGGGUUCAGAACUGCUUCUGUUUUGAAUACAAAUAAGGCAUAUGUGCCCUGACUGGAGUAUCAUUAGAGUUACCAUUUGAGGACUGUUUAGCUAAAACAUUGUAUUUUAAUGGCAGUGAUAGAAUUUUUAUGUAGUUUAAUAUGCGAGGUGUAUUUAAAAAUAAGUCUAACAAAAUGCUACUCAUUUUGCAUGUUUUAUUGUAAUACAGAUUUGUUGUAUUGGUGCCAGUGGUGGUGUUAGGUGCAAAAGGAUAGUUAAUCAAAGUUAGUCACUUGCUGAUAAAAGUUUCUCAGUAUCGAGAAAACUUAAUGAAAUAAAAUGGAGUCAGUUUUUCCUUGCUGAUAACAUAAAACAGGUGUUGACUAAUAAUCCAGACAAAUUAUGGUUCUAAAAGCAAGGAGGUAAUACCAAGGCUAGCAACACAACUUUAGUUUGUUGUAGUUAAUUUGUUUGUUUAAUUUUCAAUGCUUGCUUGUACUAUUACUGUGUAACCUGAAAGACAUACUACUUUGCUUAUUGUUAUUAUUUAGGUAUAAAUUUCCAUUGCAACAUGUCAAUUUACUAAAACUUGUGGAAGGACAUUUCAUAUGAUCUGAACAUUAAUAUUAUUUUCUUUCCAUUAGAAUAUUUUUGAAUUCUUCAAAAUGUUAAAUAACAUUGCUUGUAAGUGUGUAGUUUGUAUUUAUAAACAAUUUUUUUAUAGAAUGUUUGUAUGUUUAGAGUUUGAUUAGCAAGAGAUUUGAAAGUUCUUGAUCAUGAUGAUGAUGAUGAUUCAAUGUGUUUCUUGUUAUUGUCUAUAUUGUUGAAUUUCUGUCAAAUUAGUUGUCAGAAAUACAUUUCUUAUCCUACUAUUUUUUCUUAAUGGGAUUCUCUAAUUCUCGAAUUUUAUUUUGUGUUAUGUUUGAGAAUUCAUGUACUUCAAGAGUUUGUUAUAAUUGUUGAGGCUGAAAUAUUGGUACUACAGUAAAGAGUACUGCCCACUUAGUGAAGGAGUGUGAUAAUGUGUGUAAGUGGUCUGAUUUUACAGAAAUUCUACUUGUAUUGUUUAAAAAAGUUAAACAAAGUAUGAUGAUUUUAAUUCCUGGAAUUGAUAAAAAUAAGUCUGCUUACAUAUGAAUUCAUGUUUAGUGGCUUUUCUUAUUUUAAAAGAUGUUCCCUUAAAUUCAUCGCUCUUCUGGAUUUGAACAGAUAUGUUGUAAACAUUCCUAAAAAUCAUUUUCUUGCUUUGUCAUUGCUUUGUCUUUAUCAUAGCAUGUAGGCUUUUGAAAUGUCAUACAUAUUUUGAAAUGGUCAAAUGUCUCUUGAAAAGUCGGAGUGAAACUGGAGGGUAAAAACUUGGAAUACAUUUUUGAGGCUGAAAAGUCUUGUGAACUCUAAAUUCAUCAUCUGCUAGAGCAAUGUAAUAAUGAAGAAUCCAGUUGUGUGGAAAUAUUUCUUAGUCUUAAAUCUUCCAAUAGAAUGGUAUUGCAAUUUAACAGUUCUUGCCAUUUUGAUAUUUUUUUCUCAUUUAAUCUGCGAUUUAGAAGCGGUAAAUUCCGACUGUCUAUAUUUGCCCAUCCUUAGUGUUUAGAGUAAAUGAAUUUCUCGUAAUAGUGUGGAUGUCUCCCUAAGCACCUGUCAAAAACUCAAGUUAUCUUCUGUUAUACUUACUGUAGCCUAGGCAAAACAGAUCUACAAGCAAUUUUUCCUAUAGUUGCAGAGCUGUUAAUUCAAUCAGCCAGAUAUCAAAAUCUUAUUUCUCCAACAGUUCAUUCCGAUACAUUUUUAUUUUAUUUUCCUCUAUAAACAGUAAUUUGGUCUUUCACAAAUGUAAGUACAAAUUACAUAAUGUGAGAAUCUAAUUGCAUGCACUUGUCAUUAUAGUGCUGCAUCUGAACAUUCCAGGAAUUUUAAAAGUCAUACCUAAUAUUACGUAAAUGUCAUUGCGUAACCAAUUUAUUGUUUCACCUUUACACCAUGCUUGGAUAUUCUCUUCGAAUCAAUUGACUUGCGUUCCUGCCUCUAUCCUUAAAUUUUUAUCUAUUCUUAAUUUUGUUGUUGGUUUGAUAAUCUACCAAUUUAAUCUUAUUCAUAGAGGACUUUAGUUUUUUGAUUCACCUCAUUCCCCCUGAGAAGGGAUUUACUCAUUUUUUUAAAUUCUUACACUAAAUAACUUUUCGUGAUGAGUUGCGCUCUUCAUUUCAAAACAAUUUUAAUUUUAUAUUUUGUGAAUGAUAUAAAAUAUCUUAGGGUCAUGCUAAUAUAUUACCUGCAAUAUAUUUUUGCCUGCAUGGGAUACUCUUAGUGGUUUCUCUUAAAAAGAAAUGUACUUUUUUUUGUGAGGUGUAAUUAAAGAACAUGGUUGUAUUUAAAAGAUACAUUUUUUCCAAAUUUAUAAGUCAGAUUUUUUUGAAAUGUUAUAUUUGAGGAUAGUGAUACCAAGGAGAAAGUUUGGAUUGCUUUUUUUAAGUGUGUUUGUGUGCACAUAGCAGCAUAGUUUGUUGGAUUUCUCCCAGAGUUGAUUUCUAAAAUGAGUUUUAAUUAUGCCCCCAGUACAUACGCUACGAAUGCCUUUAUUUAUUUUAAUUAUUUUUUAAAAAUAUCUUGCAUAAUAUGUGGAAAUGUACGGUUUUCUUGCCUAGAUUAAACAAUGCAUUCAUUUCUGGUGAGCAUGUGUGUCAUAAGUGUGUAUUUUGAGUGCAUCUUUUCCUAAUGUUUAUUUGCAUUUUGUUUAAACAUAACUCACAAGUCUGUAAAAUACUCAAGUAUAAAUAUCGUUAUUAGAAAAAUUAUCAAAUAAUCAAUACAAUUGAAAUUUAAGUAAAAAAUUUCAAAUAUCUUUUGUACCAAAAGAAGAUAUAAUGAAUUUAAACUGGAGUUUAAACCAGUUCAAUUUGUGUAUAGUCACUUGUAUUAUAAAUUAAUACACAAAAAUAUGUUAGUCUUUUCUAUAGGAGUAAAACAGUUUUAAUUUAAUAUUUUAACAGAAUAUUUGACAAGAUUUAAAAAUCUAGUAAUAGGACUGUAAUUCUAUUAUCAAUUAAAAAUAAGUUAAUGUACAUUUCAGAUAACUUCCACAAUAGCUCCUAUAUGUACUGCUACAUGUAUGUGAAAUCAGCCCACAUGGUUUUGAAAUUUUGUUUUGUAUUAUACGUAUUUGUUAACAGUAUAUCAUUUGUAUAACUUGUUUCUGAAGUUAUUACGGUUUACUGAAGAUUAAUGGGCUGGCUGUUUCUGAAUCAUUUGAACUUUUUUAAUUCAAGUAUUACAGACCUAUUUAUUUCUUUGACUUCAAAGUAUCUAGUCACAAUAAGAGGUCAUGACAUAAUUGUAAGAAUUGUGCCUGACUAAAAUACAGUAUGAUGAUGUCCCAAGUAUAAUAUUUUUUAGUUACCAAACAGUGUCUUAGUUCUAAUGUAUCAUUUAAGCCAUAUUAUCAUAUAAAGAAAAAUUAUAUAUUUGUAGUGUAUUUUGUGUGAUUUUUUUUAUUGUGCUGCUUUUAUCUUAGGCUUUAUGUAAAUAAUUUUUGUGGUUGUGCAAUUUAUGGAAGUGUGCGAUUAAGAAACUUCUAAUUUUGACAAAUUACAUAAAUAUUAAGCAUGUGCCUUUGUAUGAAUAAAAGAAUUAAUUACAUUAACUUGACAGUUCUAGUAUUGGUCCAAGUGCAGUGUAAGCAAAUUGUUACUUAAUUUUGAAAGUCAUAGUAAUAUGAAUCUUAUGGAUAAGGAUUUUAUUUUUAGUAGCUUCAUAAACUAUAGAAUUUCACAUUUUUUCAAUGGGAAUAUUUUACCAGUACUUGAAAGAUUUUGCUUACACAGUGCAUUAUUCUAAGAACUACUGACUUGUCAGUUAAAAUUGUUUGUGAUAUUAGUGUGAUAUGUGAGAAAUAGAGUGAUGAGAAAGAAUAGUUGUUUGUUUACUUUUUCGGCUUAUUUGUUCCUCAGCUGUUGUUCCUUCCCUUUAUUCUAUAAGAUCACUAUUUUUUUGAAUGAAUAUUUGAAGAGUAUUCACACAAAAUAAAGUA